UGAACGACGGCAAAUUCCUACCUACCAGCAGUCGUUUGUGUCACCAUGCAACGGGCUUCGCAGGCAUCGGAGUUCCCGAUUUCUCCAAACGGCCGCGAGAGGAGAACGGAGCCGUGGGCCAAGGGCCUCGUGACGAGUCAUGGGUCUCUCACCUAUUCUUCCACGUAUUCGACUACGUGUAAAUAAAGAGAGGGGAGGCUAACGGGCCAAGCUUGCAGAGGCGAAGACGUGUUCGCCCACAAGUGCCAUAUGCGAAGCUCUCACCAGUCGUCGCCCCUUAUAAAGCCCCUUUUAACUAGGCGCGUUGUACGUGCGCUAACCUUACAGCCGGCAGAGCGUUCACCCCAGUCCCAGUCCGCCCGACCAGGGACCCUCGUACUCCUGGGAGAGGGAACACGGGCGAGAUCUUGAUGCCAGAUGGGACUGCAUCCGACCUCACUUGGGAUUUCAUCUUUCGGACCAAUACGCAGCAGGGCGAUGACCAGGAGCCUCCUACCUGGAUAGUGACGUGGAAAAUAUCUGCCAAACCUAAUCGUGAUCAAGCUUUGACAUCAUUCCUCCAGCCCCAGAGUAUUCUGGCGGUCCGGCAUUCGCGUGGUGUUUACUUUCCCGUGCCCAGAUUGGGUUUUGUUUUCUCCCCCCACCCCGUCCGCAUAGCCAUAACCUUGACUGUGGUACACGCAAUUACGGGCGACGUCACAUCGACUGCCCACUUUCCCAGGACGUUCCCACUCCGGGGCACGCCCUGAAGCCGAACCUUAAUCCAACACGGGACACCUCAGCCGCGACGUUUCAAACCCCCCUCUCCCGCUCACCAAGGAGAGACGCUACGGCGGCAGAUGGUGCGCCAGGCCGCUGCUUUCUAUUGCUCACUAAUAAUCCUCCGAGGAGACACCAGCACCCAACAAACAAGCCUUGGAAACCUUGUGAGUCUGUGACCCGCCGUGAGCCCGCCGGAAGGGGGGGGUGCAGAUCGUCCGUCCUAGUCCUGUCACCCACAAAGCCAGACCAGACCACCUGGGCAGCCAACCAGCCCAGCCAGCCCGGCCAGCCAACCACACAAUGUCGAACCCGCCGCCCUUGGCGAUCCCCGGUCGCUUCGGCGUGCCCAACACGUCCGGGCAGAAGGUCAACAAGGCGUGCGACCCGUGCCACAUCUCAAAAACGAGGUGCAUACCGGAUCCACUGUCGCCCACCAACUCGUGCAAGCGGUGCAGCAAGAACGGGAGCUCCUGCGUCUUCUCGCCCAUCGGGCCCAGGCGCAGGCCCGUCCGCUCCAAGAACGACCGCAUCGUCGAGCUCGAGCGCCGCGUCAGGGACAUGCAGCUCAGGCUCGAGAAGCAGGUCGAGAAGCAGGUUGUCGAGAAGCGGGCCGCCGCUACUGCUACUGCCACUGCUACUGCCAAUACUACUAGUACUAGUAGCUCAACCUUGGGUGAGCCCGGCGGCGAGGCGGACCGGGACGCCCCUCCCGGCCCCGAAUCCUUCGCCGAGGCUGCUCCCACUCCCACUCCCACUCCCGGCCCCAACAGCCACCAACACCAACAUCCGCCACCCCACAAGCCCGCGCCUCCCUUUUGCUUCGCCCCCGCCCCCGCGUCCUGGGCCCUGGAAUAUGCAGCCACCCGUCCCGGGUCCGAGUCCGGGUCCCACGAGACCGUGGGUAAGUCCCGCGGCGGCUCCGUAUCAUGUCCGGAUACUGGAGAAAGCUGCCCGUCAACCGUGUCAGACGCCGCCGCCGACUCCCCAGAGGACCCCAAGGAGACCCCCCAGGGCCGCGGGUGGCCCGACGUCGUCGACCGCGGGCUCAUCACCCUGAGCCAGGCCGACAAGCUCGUGAAGCGGUUCCGCCAGUUCAUCCACGGCCGGUUCCUGGGCUUCGGGAUCCCGGACGGCUACCCGACCAACCAGUCCCUGCGGCGCGGCAAGCCCGCCGUCUGGCUCAGCGUGCUGUGCGCCGCGUCCGUCGGGUCCGCCGAGUUCCUCUCGCUCUACCCCGUGUUGUCCGGCGAGAUGGAGAAGCUCCUUGAUGACCGCGUGGGGGAGCACCUGGAGCCCGACAUCGACGCCAUGCAGGCGCUGAGCAUCUUCUUCAUCUUCCACAACGACCUGUCGCAGGCGCUGCGCGAGAAGAUGUUCCAGAGCCACAACGUCAUGAUCAGCAUCAUCGUGAGGCUCGGCAAGGCGUCGAGCAAGCACAACAUCCCCGACGGCAUCCCGAUAGACGAGGCCGACGUGACGGAAAGGGACCUGGAGCUGUCCAGGCUCACCCUCCUGUGGCACUGGCUCAGCUUCACCGUCGCCCUCAAGGCGCGCCAGAACGUCCUCAUCAGGCCUUUCCACCUCGUCAGCUCAAGCCGCCGGAUACUGGAGACGAGCUCGACCCAGUGCGACAUGUCGCUGGUCCAAUGGUCCAAGCUGUCACAGGUCGCGGUGGACGCGGCUCUCGCCCUGUUCGACGGCCAUGACCGGGCCCAGGGACUGAGUGACGACGACAGGGACAAGAUUAUCCAGAACUUUGAGAGGAAACGCAGGCAAUGGCUCAUCAACUGCCCCUUCGACCUGGUCAACGAAUUCCUCAUGCUGGAGUACCACCACACCGCCCUGAUGCUCACAGAGGUAAUCUACCCAGCCGGCAGGGCAGACUUCCAGCUGCGGAGCCACGGCCUGCCCUCCCUGACCACCCCGGCGCAGUCACCAGCCAGCCCCGGCACGGACUGCUCAGAAACCAAGCCAGACCAGGACGUGCUGGCGCCGUACAGGAUCGACUACACCAAGAAGUGCAUCGCCGCGGCACACGCGUGCCUCGGCCUCGUCGUCUCCCCGCCCGUAUCACCAGGGAUGACCAGCACCAACAGCCUGGCCGACACGGAGACGCUGCGCUACUUCUCCAACGUGCCGUACUCGCGGCUGCUGUACGCGCUGCGCUUCCUCAUGUUCGUCGCCCACGACAUCUGGCGCACGGGCAAGUACGACGCCGUCGACAUCGACUCGCUGCGCCCGGGGUACUACAUCGAGGGCGUCAAGCGCGUCCUCAGCAUCGCCUCGGACGGCGGCCGGUUCCGCCCGCCAUCGCUGUGGCUCUACGCCAUUCAGACGCGCAUCCAGCCUUGGUGGGAGGCCUUCCGCGCCAGGCUCGACCGCGACAGGCCGCCCCCGAGCCGCGCGAGGUCCUCCGGCGAGGUCGAGGGCACCACCACCGGCACCGUCAGGACCGCGACGCCCUCGUCGCCGUCGACGACCUCGGGGACGCCGGGCGGCCGUGCCCACUACAAGACGCCGCCGCCGCGCCGGCAGACCUCCGAGCCGCUGCCCCGGAGCAGCCACGGCCGGGCGGGGGUCUCCGCCUUCACGACGGCAGAGUCGUCGGUGGAGCCGCCGUCGCCGGCCGCCGUCCCGUACGACAUCUUCUCGGCGAGCCACUCCAUGGACUUCCUGAUCCCUUUCAACUUUGUCCAGCAGGCACCUGACGUGGCCGCCGCAGACGUGGUGCCGAACCUUCACCCGCCCCUGGGGCCCGUGUCGAUGACACAGCCCGACAAGAUCUCGAGUGGUAGCGGCAGUGGUGGGCCGACGUCGUCGUACCCGGCCGGGGCGUGUGAGACAUUACCGUCGGAGACAUCAAGCAGUCUGGGCUGCUCUCUGGGGGCAGACCAGAGCAUCCCGGCCGGAGGAGGUGGUUGCCCGGACGUCAGCAAUGUUUUCGCGCCGCAUGGCAACGGCGUCGGCGCCCUCGACGAGUUUCUGGGCACCAUGGACCUGGAUGCCUUUAACUUUGACUGGGGAGACUACGAGUCGUUGUUCCCCGGCGCAGAGGCCUUCUUGCCCGACCCGACCGUGCUGCCGCCUGGAUCUACCCCAUUCCUAGGCGGGGCUUCUGGUCUUGAGCAACCGAAGGAGGAGGAUACUAAUGGAUCAUGAGCGUGAAACAAAUAACGAAACGGUUUGGCAAGUGUGUAUUUUGGUUUGGUUUGUGAGUACGGGGCGUGUUACGGAUAUGGGGUCGGGGGCGUUUGCUUUGAUGAUCAAUGAUUCCAUGUACACACCUCAUCACCAGCCAACAAGCAUUUCCCGAGCCUGGUGUCCUGGUAGAAGUUCGCAUCUCUCAUAAUACAAAUGUCGACAUCAACGCCGGCGCCCACCGAGCAAGGGUUGAUGUCAUGGCAGUGGCGAUGUAGCUUGAAAGUUGAGUGCGUCGUGGGCGAAAGAUAUUUAUUGCUAGAAAGACUCAUCCACCGUCAGCAGACUGAUACUAGUAGUUCCCC